AUGGCUGCUGGACGCACCAACGUCUUCUUCGUGCCGUACAGGCCUCAUUCAAGAUCGCCCAAGCCGUCCUCGGGUGAACCUGCCAUGUCCCAACAGAAACAUGCUGCCCGCGAAUACCAUCGAAAAGCCAAGCUGGAACGUCUCGCUAAGCUAAACGCCACACAUAACCGCGAUGCACGCAGUUCCAGUGAAGAUCCUCAACCUGAUGCCUCCUCUCGGCCGCCUUUGCAUCGAAACCAGAGCUUCCCAAGCGACAAGGAGCUCAACAAGACAUUUCAAGUGUUUGAUGUCGGCACCGGAAUAUUUGACCCCUUCAACGCCUCCGUCCCUAGCGGCGUACCUUCGUAUGCUCUUGACAUUCUAGACUAUGGUCGCUCCAAUCUUGAAUCGGGUAUCGCCCUUUGUCUAGCGCACUAUCCCGUGGCGGCACAGGAAGCUGUGAGUGCCUCGCAUUCACCGCCGCGUGCCAGUUCGAAGCAAUGGAGAGUACUCAGCUCCCACAGAAGCAGCCUUUCGGAGGGAGCUAUCAAAAAUGCUGUAAUGGGAUGUGCGAUGCAGUCCCCUGCUGCGUUUUGGACAAUCAUAUUUGCAGGCGCAACCCAUAAUGCAUAUCUUCAGGGCGAAGCAGACACCCCCAGUCGCAACCGGGCGUUACGGCUAUCAUACAAGACUCAAGCCAUCAGGGAGCUGAAUCGUGAAAUCCAAGAGCUACAGGGCCCAGCUUCUGACGAGCUCCUUCUUGCCAUCGUCACGUUGGCGGCUCAUGGGUCCGGCGAGCAACUAGAACGACCCCCGCAAGAAGAGAAUCUGAGCGCAUUACAGUCGGUCCAGAGUUUUCAAUAUUAUGCACGGAUGCAAAAGGAAGCGGCACAUCUGAAGGCCAUCGUUCAUUUGGUGUAUCAGAAAGGAGGCUUACAGACGGUGAAAAUGCCCGGACUUGCGAAUGCCCUCGCCUUGGCCGAUAUCUUCUAUGCUUUCCAAGACAUGCGUGAGCCUGCAUUCCCACUGCUGGCGCCAACAAGCUUGAUUAUGUCAACAUGGCCUGAAACUCAACCAGCCGUCGCCCCGUUUCUCCAGAAUUUGGCAACUGGUUUCCAAGAUUUUGGAGACAUUGUCGGCUUUGCCCCAUUGUUGCAGAUUAUUCACAACACGCGCCUGAUCACUAUGGGAUUCGACGCAUAUCUAUCCGGACACUCUUCAGCGCCGUCUCUCAACCAGAUAGUUUAUGCCAGAAAUUUCAUGACGCACGACUUGCUUUCGCUUCCACUUCCAUACCUCCGCCCUGGGUCUGGACAACGGCAUGAGGGCAGCAGCUCGAGCAUCAUGACCCACAGCUCCCCACUCCACUCACUAUACAACCUUGUUCGUUUAUCGACAAUGGCAUAUACACUUCUAGUGCUCUUCCCGGUACCCAGCACUGCAAGCAUUCAUGAUAAACUGACGCGGGAGCUUAUGCUUGCACUAGACGACUGCACCGUACUGGAACUCUGGACCACGUAUCCUCAAUUGUUACUUUGGAGUACGGUCUUGGGAGGGGUGGUCGCAAGGAACACGAGUCUGAGGCCAUGGUUCGCCGAAAUGAUCAGACAAGCGAGGACGAGGAUACCGAGUCUGACACUCGUGGAGGCGAGAAGCAGAAGCAGGGGUAGUCGACAUUCGAGUUACCACUCCAGUCCGUCGAGCGACGACGGCCGCACACGCGGAGGAGAGUCGGGUGCGUUAUGGCCGGUGGUGAAGGACUUGUGUUUCCGAUUCUUAUGGCUCGACGGUCCUGAAUGUGACGGUCUAGGCAGAAUGUUUUGGGAGGAAGCGUGUGACAAUAUGCAGCUUCGCACGAUGCGCUAG